CUUUGAAGUUUCCUCUCAGGAUGCCUACUCUAUCAGUCCAUUCAGCAGCUCAAACCCAUCAAGUUGGCCUGCUUCGAACACUAGUAUCCGAGGACCCAAAACUUGCAAAUGCAGUCGAUGAAGAUGGACGAACGCCUUUACACUGGGCCGCAUCGUCUGGUUCACUUGAAAUUGUGCGGAUACUUCUUGAACACAAAGCGGAGAUAGACAAGAUAGAUGUAAGUGGAUGGACAGCUUUGCAUAUUGCUGUCAGUGCUGGUCACGAAUCGACUGUUGAAGAGCUCGUUGGUUCCGGAGCGGAUGUCAGCAAACGGAACGAUAAAGGACUAACACCUUUGCAUUACGCGGCUUCGAAAUCACGGAUUUCUAUAGGCAAAUUGCUGAUAUCUCGAGGGGCCGACAUCAAUGCCAAAGAUAAAGCGAACCAAACUCCUCUUCAUCGAGCUGCAACGACCGGAUCCGUCGGUUUCAUACGCCUACUUCUGGAGGGUGUUCCAUCAGCGCAACCGACGGUUAAGACUAGGCUGAAUACCCCAGAUCGAGUCGGUAUGUGCUGAUCAGUGGCACCACAUUCCCCGUUCCUUUACUGCCUCAUUUAUACGCAGGCAACACACCUCUGCAUCUGGCAAUGGAAUCUGCUUAUGCAGAGGCAGCGGUGGUCCUCAUCGAAGCGGGGGCUGAUCGCGGCCGACUCAACCAAGACGGCGAAGCUCCGGAAGACGUCGAAGGCGUGGGAGGCAUUGAACAGAGGAGGGCGAGACAAUUCGUUAUCGAUAAUUGCGGGAAGGCAUGAAUAGAAACAUAUGUAUGUAUUUGCGCCCGCUUGCCGCCCUUCAUAUCUUGAGGAUGGCAAUGUGAUACAUUUGUUCACCAUA